GUCGCACACUGCAGAGGUUGUAACCCUUUAACACAUCAGUGGUAAAACAAACUACUACUGACUGAUUCCCAGCACCCUCUCCCACACAGUGCCCUUCUGCUGCCAGAGAAGCACCCACCUCCAGUUGCCAGCUGUGCCUUCCUGGAGAGGCUGAGCAGCAGAUCUCCUCAGCCAGAAGUCUGAAGUAUUGAUCGAAAAAUGCAGAACUUCAAGUGAUGAACCAGCAAGUGAUGGAAGUUAGCUGUACAGUCCAGGACAACUCUUGAAAAUGUAUAGAUGUGCCACGUGGAGCUGUCCUGAACUGUUCUUCUUGUUGAUAUACCUCACAUAUCUGCAGCUAUUUCAAAGCUUGGCCUUCCCUAGCGCCCCUGACUAUCUACAACGCGGAUGGCAGAGGUUACUAGAAGAAGGAGAGAGCUGCAUUGACUGUAGGCCAGAAGAAUGUCCUACUCCGAGAGGAUGUCUUGCUGGAGUCGUACGGGACCCUUGCGAUUGCUGCUUGGAAUGUGCCAAUUUAGAAGGACAGAUAUGUGAUUUGGACAACACUAACCACUUCUAUGGCAAAUGUGGAGAUAACCUGGAAUGCCAAUUGGAUAUGGGGGACCUGAGCCACGGGGAGGUGCCAGAACCUCAAUGUAUCUGCUUGUCUAACACAGCUGUGUGUGGAUCUGAUGGCAAGACCUAUCCCCAGCUGUGCAAAUUUAAGGAAAAGGCCAUUGCACAGCCAGAGAGAAAUCUUACAAUUGUCCAUGAGGGGCCAUGUGAAUCAGCGCCUCAGAUCCUCACUCCACCGUAUGACAUCUGGAAUAUUACCGGGAAGGACGCUAUUUUUGGCUGUGAAGUCUUUGCCUAUCCCAUGGCAUCUAUAGAAUGGAAGAAGGAAGGGUCAGAGCUGCUUCUCCCAGGGGAUGAUCCACAUAUCUCUGUACAGUUCAGAGGAGGCCCCCAGAAGUAUGAAGUGACUGGAUGGCUUCAGAUACAAUCAGUCCGUGUCACAGAUGAGGGAAUUUAUCGUUGCUUUGCCAAGAACAAGAUUGGUCAAGUUGUGGCAGGAGCCACCCUCACCGUGAUUACGCCAGAUCAACUGAACAUGACUGGACUGACUCUGCCAAAAUUACGAAACCAGUUACAAGAAGAAGAUGCUGACGGUGAGGAUUCGGAUUAUUACUAAGUACCAUAGACACAGUAAUCUACUAUGAACGAGAAAUCCCAUCCUUACGAGAGAAGGAAUCCAUGUUUGAUGUGACAAGGGACAAACUGAAAGCACUUUACGUUUCUCAACCCACCCUUGAAAGAUUUUGUAGAAUACUGUUAUUCCUCAUAAGAUUUUUGAAGACAGUUUAAUUUUUUUCAGUAUUAAAAUGAUUUUUUUUUAUAUAAUGAAAAUGGAAUGGACACUUUUUAUCUGCAAUUUGUACAUACAGAUUACGAGAAGAAAUGAAACUUUUUUAUUGUCUAUGUCGAUAUAUUGUUUGUAAUGACCAUUAUAUAUUAUUUACAGCCAAC